CAAACAUACUUCCAAUCUGUCUACUCUCUCUCCCAACUACUGUGCAUGCUCACAUGCAGUGCGACAAAGCCUUCUCUCAACUCCUAUAAAACCACCAUCUCUCUCUGCAAAUUCUUACACACUUUACUCAUCCAAAACAAACAAUGGGAAACGCAGACUGCGAAGUUGAGCUGCAGCGUGUGGAGGUACAGAUACCUCCAACCAAGCCCUUUCUCCAAACCCUCAAAUCAUCUCUCAAAGAAACACUCUUCCCCGAUGACCCCUUCAAGCACUUCAACAACCAGCCUCUCUCCAGGAAGCUCAUGCUCGGAUUCCAGUACUUCGUCCCCAUCCUCGAGUGGGCCCCCACCUACACCUUCCAAUUCUUCAAAGCCGACUUCAUCGCUGGGAUCACCAUUGCUAGCCUUGCAGUCCCUCAGGGCAUCAGCUAUGCCGGUUUGGCCAGCUUGCCCCCGGUUAUAGGCUUAUAUUCGAGCUUUGUUCCACCGUUGAUAUAUGCAAUGCUGGGGAGCUCGAGGGAUUUGGCUGUCGGGACUGUGGCAGUGCCAUCGCUGCUGAUCACAUCAAUGGUGGGGAAGGAGGUUAAUCCUCAUGAAAACCCUAAGCUUUAUGUGCAGCUGGUUUUUGCUGCAACUUUCUUUGCUGGAGUUUUCCAAGCCUCAUUAGGCUUGUUAAGGCUGGGACUUAUUGUGGAUUUUCUAUCACAUGCCACCAUUGUGGGAUUCAUGGGUGGUGCAGCCACAGUUGUGUGUUUGCAGCAAUUGAAGGGCAUUCUUGGAUUAGUACACUUCACUCAUGAAGCUGAUCUUGUCUCAGUCAUGAAAUCUGUGUUUUCUCAGAUACAUAUGUGGAGAUGGGAGAGUGGAGUGCUAGGAUGCUGUUUCCUUUUCUUCCUAUUCAUCACUAGAUUCUUUAGCAAGAAAAAAGCUGCAUUUUUCUGGAUAAAUGCUUUGGCUCCUCUCACCUCUGUUAUAUUGGGAAGUGUUUUGGUUUAUUUCACACACGCUGAGAAACAUGGUGUGGAAAUAAUCGGACAUCUGAAGCAGGGGCUGAACCCGCAAUCAGUGUCCGAGCUGAUGUCCACUUUCGGCUCCACACAUCUCAUGAUCGCGAUUAAGACAGGAAUUGUAGUUGGUGUCAUCGCCCUUGCUGAAGGAAUAGCAGUAGGAAGAAGUUUUGCAGCAUUCAAAAGCUACCACAUAGACGGAAACAAAGAGAUGAUCGCGAUUGGAAUGAUGAACAUCGCAGGUUCCUGCACAUCUUGCUACUUAACAACUGGUCCGUUCUCGAGGACAGCAGUGAAUUUUAAUGCAGGAUGCAAGACUGCGGUCUCCAACAUUGUCAUGGCGACUGCAGUGUUGAUAACCUUACUAUUUCUAACACCUUUGUUCUACUACACGCCUAUCGUUGUGCUAUCUGCCAUCAUUAUGUCGGCAAUGAUCACCCUUAUAGACUAUCAAGCUGCCAUCCACUUGUGGGGAAUCGACAAGUUCGAUUUUAUCAUCUGCAUAAGCGCAUAUGUAGGAGUUGUCUUUGGCAGCGUGGAAACUGGACUAGUUAUCGCGGUGGCAAUAUCCCUACUUCGUGUACUAUUGUUCGUAGCAAGGCCAAGGACCUCUGUUAUGGGUAAUAUUCCUAAUUCCAUGGCGUACAGAAGCAUUGAACAAUACCCAAAAGCAAUUUACAUUCCAGGGAUUCUCGUACUCAAUAUCAGCGCCCCAAUCUACUUUGCCAAUGCAAAUUACUUAAGAGAAAGGAUCUCAAGAUGGAUGGAUGAAGAGGAGGAAAAGCUAAAGUGUGCACAGAAGCACGACCUGCAAUACGUAAUACUAGAUAUGGGUGCUGUAGGAAGUAUGGACACAAGUGGAAUCAGCAUGCUCGAAGAAGUCAAGAAAAUUGCUAACACUAGAAGCAUUAAGCUUGUGUUAGCUAAUCCCGGAGGAGAAGUGAUGAAGAAGUUACACAAAUCAAAGAUAAUUGAUACAAUUGGGCAAGAAUGGAUCUACCUGACAGUCGGAGAAGCUGUAAGCGACUGCAACAUCAUGCUUCAAGCAUGCAAGCCGAAAACUAAGGCAGUUGAAUGUGAGGCAGCAGAUGAUCAAGUUUGAUGUCACAGAAACUUGUUUCCUUCUACAACAAGAGGGACAGUUUCUGCAGAAGAAGCUCCGAAUGUUUUCAAUAAAUUUGGAAGCUUCAACAGCUAAAUGAUUGUAUUAUAGCAUGAUUGCCAAGUUGGGAUGUGAUAGAGCAAGUAGUCAUUAGAUGAUUGUUGUAGUUUAUAAUUUCCAAGAAGCAUUCAGGAGAAAUAUUUCUUCAUUCCAAAUGCUA